AUCUGGUUCGCCAGCCCUCAGUCAAAAUCGUCCAACCCGUGCUAGCAUGGAAAGCGGUCGUUAAACGAUGAUGACGAUGAUGACGAUGAUGAAGAUGAUGACAAGAUGCGCAGGACAUCCUUUCUAUUACACGACAGAUGAUUCCAUACAUUGUAUUAUUUCUGCUGGUGCUUUGCUCAUUGGCUGAAGGUGAUGAAAGGAAAACUGUUGAACAAUAUUUAAACCGAUGCUUGGAUGGAUUACAUCAUAAACAGAAACCUGGUCCUGAAGGAUCUCUCUAUGACCAGUGUUCUCCAUGGAAGAAAUGGUCUUGUUGUCAGGCAAAUGUAACUGAAAAUAUUCAUAAAGAGACUUUGUACAAAUUUAAUAUUCAUCACUGCAAGAGACUUUCAAAACGUUGCUUACAACAUUUCAUCCAAGAUUUGUGUUUCUAUCAGUGUACACCAAAUGGUGGACCAUGGAUUCAUAAGGAAUCCAACAUGAAAAUACGAAAAGAAAGAUAUUUUGAACUUCCACUGUGUCGAGAUACUUGUGAAGAGUGGUGGGAUAGCUGUAAAGAUGAUGAAACGUGCAGUGGAAACUGGAUGCGAGGUUUCAAUUGGACAACAGGAACAAAUACUUGCGUAACUGGAAGUAAAUGUCAAAAAAUUUCAGAGGUAUUUAAGACAUCUACCAACUUUUGUGAAAAGGUUUGGGAUCAUUCAUGGAAAGUAGUUUCUCAAAAACCUUGUUUUGUUCUUUGGUUUGAUGAAAAGAAUGGAAAUCCAAACAAUCAAGUAGCUUUUGCAGAAGCUUAUAGAUUAACAUCUGAAGCUUCUUAUCCAAAACCUUACAGCUAUUCAUCAGUUUUUAUGAUAGUGUAUAAUUUUAUUUUUGCCUUUGUUUUGCAAUAUUCGUAUUGUGAUAUUCUGUGAUAAAAGAAAUACUGUUGUACUUUCUUGGUGAAGGAUGACAGGCAAUUCACUAUAAAUCAAAUAGCCAAUGCUAUUAGUAUAUCCCAUUAGAGAGUUAUUCUACACAAUAAACUUAGCAUAACGAAUGUUUCUGCUUAGUGGAUGCCACAUCUGACACCUGAGGGUCAGCUGUAAAGUGCAUAGACUGAUCAAGAUACUCGCAUGCAAUGCGACCAAUGAGGUUUAUUUUUCAACAAGACCCCUUGCAGUCCCCUCACUCUUCCAUCAGUGUUGCAGUGCUUGGAUUCAAUUGGUGAAAAAGUGUCAUCACCAGUAGAUAUGACAUCAUCACCACUGCAAUACCAGUUCCCAGCCAGGUGCUUUUUCAUGGUGGAGAACAAGUAAUAGUCAGAUAGGGCCAAAUCAGGAAAACAGGGAGUGUGAUCAACCAGUUCAAAGCCACAGUCAUGCACAGCAACCAUUGAAAAGAAGGACUUGUGUACUCCAUUUACAAGACUUUGAUUGGUUUGGGACUAUCUUUGAAUGUAACAAGACUCCUUUCAUCAGUUUUCCUGGGUGUUUGGUCUUGAUAGCCUUUUAUAACUGUCUUAGCAAACUGAAAUAGUAUUCUCCAUUGAUGGUGUGGUCCUUUUGAAGAUAAUCAAUAAACACAAUUCCUUUCUCAUCCC